UUCACCUCGUUCCCCGCAAAGCUCGACGACAACUACAGCUAUACGCGCCAUCACCCAGGGAUUCAAGAUGACGACCUGAUGGAUCUGGACGCUGACGACCUGCUUGGAACCGACGGAUCAAGACUGACGUGCCCUGGCGAAUUGCUCACAUCCUCACAAGCCUAUAUGCGAGGUCAUGGAACGUAUGUCGACAACGAAGAGGUUAUCGCAUCUGUAGCAGGAACGAUCGAACGCGUCAAUAAACUUGUCACUGUGCGAGCUAUCAGCAGCAGGCACGUUUUGUAUAACCCAGAAGUUGGAGAUCUCGUCGUUGGGCGCAUUACGGAGGUACAGCCUCGAAGGUGGAAAGUUGAUGCCAACUCCAGGCAGGAUGCCGUAUUAAUGCUAUCCUCGAUUAAUCUGCCUGGCGGCGUACAGCGCCGCAAACUGGAAAGUGAUGAGCUUCAGAUGCGAACGUUCUUCGAAGAAGGAGAUCUACUAGUUGCCGAAGUUCAAGCGUUCUUCUCAGAUGGCGCGAUGUCACUUCAUACGCGAUCUUUAAAAUAUGGCAAGCUUCGCAACGGGCAGCUCGUGACAGUCUCGCCGAUCUUGGUGAGGCGUCUCAAGUCCCAUUUUUUAACACUCCCAUGCGGCGUGGACCUUAUCCUCGGGCUAAAUGGGUACAUAUGGGUCAGCAAACACGUCAAAGAAAGUGAACAAGAGGGUGAGGAGGGCUUUGACGCUGAAGCUGUCUACUCCAACCAAAAUGAUGAGAUCGAUGCGUCAACGCGGACCGCUAUUUCGAGGGUGACAAACAUAAUUCGUGUUUUGGCAUCGCACUUCUUACCGCUUACGGACACUCUUUUGUUGCAAGCGUAUGAG